AUGGAGGAUGCAAAAAACAAAGAAAAUAAGCCCGCAGAAAAGACCGAUGAAAAGGACAAAGAUAAAGAUAAGAAGCAGCAGGCUUCUGGGAAGGAUAAGGACAAGAAAGAGGAGCAGGAGCUGUCAGAAGAAGACAAGCAGUUACAAGAAGAUCUGGAAAUGAUGGUAGAGAGAUUGGGUGAAAAGAACACAGCCCUGCAUAAGCCUGCAUUGGAGGAGCUUCGCAGACUAAUUCGCUCAUCAACCACCUCCAUGACCUCAGUGCCCAAGCCCCUGAAGUUCCUUCGCCCACACUAUGGAAAACUCAAAGAAAUAUAUGAAGGCAUGCCUGCUGGAGAGAACAAGAGGUUCUGUGCUGAUGUUGCGUCCGUAUUGGCCAUGACCAUGAGUGGUGAGCGAGAGUGUCUUAAGUACCGUCUGUUGGGCUCUCAAGAAGAGUUGGCAUCAUGGGGACAUGAAUACGUCAGGCACCUUGCUGGGGAAGUUGCUAAGGAGUGGCAGGAGGUGGAGGAAAGUGACAAGACUCAACAGGAGACUCUGCUCAAACUGGUGAAGGAGAUUGUUCCUUACAAUAUGGCCCACAACGCUGAGCACGAGGCCUGUGAUCUGCUCAUGGAGAUCGAGAAGCUGGAGAUGCUGGAGGACUACAUUGACGAGAACGCAUAUGGCAAAGUCUGUCUCUAUCUGACCAGCUGUGUGAGUUAUGUCCCUGAACCAGAGAACUCUGCUCUGCUGAGAUCAGCCUUGACCAUCUUCAGAAAGUUCAACCGUUAUCCCGAGGCGCUCCGGCUUGCACUUAUGCUCAACGAUGUAGAGCUUGUAGAAAAUAUUUUCACAUCCUGCAAAGACAUUGUCAUUCAAAAGCAGCUUGCCUUCAUGCUUGGUCGUCAUGGCAUGUUCCUGGAGUUGAAUGAGGAUGUGGAAGACUAUGAAGACCUCACAGAAAUCAUGUCUAAUGUACAACUAAACAGCAACUUUCUGGCUUUAGCCCGAGAGUUGGACAUUAUGGAACCCAAAGUCCCUGAUGACAUUUACAAGACUCAUUUGGAAAACAACAGAUUUGGAGGCAGUGGCUCCCAGGUGGACUCUGCUCGCAUGAAUUUAGCCUCCUCAUUCGUCAACGGCUUUGUUAACGCUGCUUUUGGUCAAGACAAGCUGCUCACAGAUGAUGGAAACAAAUGGCUUUACAAGAACAAAGAUCAUGGCAUGUUGAGUGCUGCCGCUUCUCUGGGAAUGAUCCUUCUCUGGGAUGUGGAUGGUGGUCUGACUCAAAUCGACAAGUAUCUGUAUUCUUCUGAAGACUACAUUAAGUCUGGCGCCCUCUUGGCCUGUGGUAUUGUAAACUCGGGUGUAAGGAAUGAAUGCGACCCUGCACUUGCCCUGCUUUCAGACUAUGUCCUCCACAAUAGCAACACGAUGAGGAUAGGUGCCAUCUUUGGUCUGGGUUUAGCCUAUGCUGGAUCCAACAGGGAAGAUGUUCUGUCUCUGCUUCUUCCUGUCAUGGGAGACUCCAAAUCGAGCAUGGAGGUCGUGGGAGUAACUGCGAUUGCGUGUGGCAUGAUUGCUGUUGGCUCCUGUAAUGGCGAUGUGACCUCCACCAUUGUUCAGACCAUUAUGGAAAAGAAUGAGACUGAGCUGAAGGACACCUACGCAAGAUGGCUCCCAUUAGGCCUGGGACUCAACCACCUCGGUAAAGGAGAGGCAAUUGAGACAACUCUAGCAGCUUUACAAGUCGUUCCUGAACCUUUCCGCAGCUUUGCCAACACAUUAGUGGAUAUCUGUGCAUAUGCAGGCUCGGGUAAUGUCCUGAAAGUACAACAGCUGCUUCACAUCUGCAGCGAACAUUAUGAAGCUAAAGAGAAAGACAAGGAGGACGACAAGGACAAGAAAGACAAGAAGGACAAAGACAAAAAGGAGACCCCAGCAGAUAUGGGUUCACAUCAGGGCGCGGCUGUUCUUGGGAUUGCACUCAUUGCAAUGGGAGAAGAAAUCGGUUCAGAAAUGGCCCUGCGGACGUUUGGACAUCUGCUCCGUUAUGGCGAGCCCACUCUCAGGCGAGCGGUCCCCUUAGCGCUGGCUCUUAUCUCUGUCUCCAAUCCUCGGCUCAACAUCCUGGACACACUGAGCAAGUUUUCCCACGACGCUGAUGCAGAGGUCUCUCAUAACUCUAUCUUCGCCAUGGGCAUGGUGGGCAGCGGCACAAAUAAUGCCCGACUUGCCGCCAUGCUGAGACAACUGGCUCAAUAUCACGCAAAGGACCCCAACAAUCUGUUCAUGGUCCGCUUGGCACAGGGCCUGACACACCUAGGCAAAGGCACGCUCACACUGUGUCCGUAUCACAGCGACAGGCAGCUCAUGAGCCAAGUGGCUGUGGCCGGACUCCUCACCGUUCUCGUGUCUUUCCUUGACGUCAAAAACAUAAUCUUGGGGAAAUCUCACUACAUCCUCUAUGGGCUGGUAGCCGCAAUGCAGCCACGAAUGCUGGUCACGUUUGAUGAGGAGCUGAGGCCGCUUCCUGUAUCCGUCAGAGUUGGACAGGCUGUAGAUGUGGUGGGCCAGGCCGGCAAACCCAAGGCGAUCACAGGUUUCCAGACGCACACCACGCCAGUGUUGCUGGCUCACGGAGAGCGGGCUGAACUCGCCACAGAAGAGUACCUCCCUGUCACCCCAAUCCUGGAGGGAUUUGUCAUCCUCCGCAAGAAUCCCAACUACGAAACCUAG